CCCAAACCCUAGAUCUAUCGUCUCUUAUAUAUUAUACAUUCUUCCUCUCAACCCAAUCCUAAAAUAAAGUAUUUUUCUCUCCCCCACCCAAAUACAAACUCUGCUGCAACGUCAAUUACCUCUUCCCUUCUCCUCAUAUUGAAUACAUCAUACAUACCCAUUCGAUUUGGAGAGAUUAUAUAAAAUUUGUGAUGGCGGCCCAGCGUAAGAACCCGCAGAUUGAGAAUGUUGUGAUGAUGCUUCCCUCGAGCAUUCGCUGCACCUGUUGUAGCACUGUCAUGGCCAAAGGCACCGAGUUCAAUUCCCGCAAAGAAGAAACCAUCGGCGAGGAGGUUUGGAAGGAUCACACAUUCAGAUUUUGUUUCAAUUGUACCCAGUGCUCAGCCGAGAUCGUCAUAAGGACAGACCCACAAUGUUCACACCUUGCUGUUGAGGCCGGUGCUUUGAAAUUUUAUAGUCGUGAUUUUAUCCCUUGGCUUCCCCCUAGGGUUGAGGAGAAAGAGAAGUUGGUUCCUUGCACGGGCCCAAACUGGCAAGAGAAAAGAGAGGAGUUCUUAGUUAACAGGUUACAACAAAUUAUAGAUAAGCAUAAUCAGAAAAGGAAGAUUGAAGAAGUGGGAGACGCCAUGAAAUCUUUGGAUUUCAAAAGAUAGAUGGACAACCCUGCUGCUGUGGAUGUGAUUAAGUGUGUGAAGUAGUAGCGAUGCCCUUUAUUUUCAGUUGGGACUAAUUUGUGCUGGAAAGAGUUGAGUUGUACAGGUCUUCCGAGGUGAAAUCUCAAUAUGGGAAUUAUUGAUGGAUUGCCUGUGUCUCCAGACAAGGAGUUGUACAGCUCUUCUGUACUUGUUAAUGACUAUUUUUGUGGUUGUGUGCACCGGAUAUGGAGCUCAUAUUCCCAUUUUUCGCGUUUGUAUUACC